AUGUCGUCAACACAACCAGCACCCACCUCAGCGUCAACGCAGCCCACACAGUCCACUCCCGAGGAGAACAAGUGGCAGGACUGCACUGCUUGCCGCCUAACUGGGGCCGCGACCUUCUCCGGCCUGGGGCUGUAUGCGCUCUAUGAGGCCAACCAACAGGGUGCAUUCGCCAAAGUUCGCCCAAAGGGGAGCCCACGGGGUGCGCCGAUCACGGCGGCGGUUGGUGUUGUGUUCAUCGGGCUUGGCAUCGGCCGGCUGUUCGUGUAG